AUGCAGCACGACGACGUUAUUUGGGAGAUAAUUGGAAACAAGCAGUUCUGCUCCUACAAAGUCAAAACAAAGAAUCAGAAUUUUUGUCGGAAUGAAUACAAUGUAACUGGGCUUUAUAACCGCUCGUCGUGUCCUCUGGCGAACAGUCAGUAUGCUACCAUCAGGGAGGAAAAAGGCCAGUGUUUUCUGUACAUGAAGGUAAUUGAAAGAGCAGCUUUUCCUGCCCGGAUGUGGGAGAAGGUGAAGCUGAGCAAGAACUAUGAGAAGGCGCUGGAGCAGAUCGAUGAGAACCUCAUCUACUGGCCUCGUUUCCUCAGACACAAGUGCAAACAGCGGUUCACCAAGAUCACACAGUACCUGAUACGCAUCCGCAAGCUCACCCUCAAGAGACAGAGAAAACUGGUUCCGCUCAGCAAGAAGGUGGAAAGGAGAGAAAAGAGGAGAGAGGAAAAAGCCCUGAUCGCAGCCCAGCUGGAUAAUGCGAUCGAGAAAGAACUGCUGGAGAGACUGAAACAAGGAACGUAUGGAGACAUCUACAACUUUCCCGUCCACGCUUUUGACAAGGCCCUAGAACAGCAGGACGAGGAGAGCGAGACUGAUUCCUCAGAGGGCGAAGCGGAGGAAGAGGACGAUGAGGACAUGGACAAACUGAAAAGCAGCAGCGAUGAGGAAGGCGACUCCAGUGAAGAGGAGGAAUCCGAGGAGGAGAUGGAGGUGGAGCAGGAGAGGGAGGCGAAAGGGAAGGGGAAAGCUGUUGCUUCUUCUAAGUCCACGGGGAAGUCGAAAGGAGAGGCACCCCUUAAAGGUCCCGCCAGGAAGAAGCAGGCCUACGUGGAGAUCGAAUACGAGCAGGAGACAGAGCCUGUCGCCAAGAGCAAGGCCACAUAGACUGCCUCUACACAUCAUGUGCUGUAAGCCCAGUACUCUGCCAAAUGACUCCUAACGCGAUUGGCUGUUCCAGUGGAAUCAGUCAGCGCCAAUCAGUAUCAUGACCCUAGGAUUGCCUGUUCCCGAGCGUUUGUAUUAACAGGAAAGGAUUCCUCAGACUGGUCAGUGGACGUAAAUUAAAUGUGUUGCAGUAGACGUCAGUCAGAAUUAAGUGCCCUGCAGUCCUGAAGAAUGUCACCAGUGCAAAAAAAAAGAAAACCCUAGCCAUACCAGUGGUCAUCAGAACGGCUGUACAUGAAGAGUGUGCACGUAUUAUUGGCCUUAAAUAUUUAUAUUUUUUAUUUUUAAACACUACCCUGUUGUCUGAAAUCCUUCAUGCAUCCAGAAUAUGCCCAAGGACCUUAUUGUGAGUGACUUAAGUCAGAUCAUUAGAACCACUGUGUUCAUAUGUUGACAUUCUGAAAAUCUCUGGAAUUAAAGCCAGAUUAUGUCCAAUGGAAAAAACAGUGAAAUUACACAUUUCAAGAUGGCGCUUUAUACCAGCAAGAUAAAAUGUUUUACAACCA